UCGCAUUCUUCUUCCUCUUCAAUAUUUAGAGCGCUAAAGUUGAUGACGCUUAUCUCGUCAUCUCUGUUAAUUCACAUGAUCGAGCUACUUAGCUUGGUGUUAUUUUUCACCACUGCCACACAAGUAAUGUGCAGAUUGAGCAAUGAGACAGAUCGACUAGCAUUGCUUUCAUUCAAGGAACUUAUAGCCGAGGAUCCGCUCGGCUCAUCAAGUUCCUGGAACAAUUCUCUCGAUCUCUGCAAAUGGGACGGAGUAACGUGCAGUCGCAAGCAUCGGAGAAUAGUGGUUCUGGACUUGAGGGGAAAAAGUCUGAGCGGAAUACUGUCACCUUUCUUGGGAAACCUCUCUUUCCUCAGAUCCCUUUACCUCCAGAACAACAUAUUCCAAGGUAAAAUCCCAAUGGAGCUCGGCCUCUUGUUCAGGCUGCAACAUUUGAAUCUCAGUUUCAAUUCUCUCCAAGGGGAAAUUCCAACCAAUUUGUCAAACUACCUUACUGCCAUUGAUUUCAAGUCUAACAACCUAGUUGGCAAAAUCCCAGCAUCAUUUGGUUCUCUCUCCAAGCUCACUUAUCUUAACCUUUGCACCAACAACCUCAUCGGAGGGAUUCCACCAUCUCUCGGUAACCUCUCUCUCCUCCGGAUAGUGGAUUUGGGAGUGAAUAGUAUCACAGGAACUAUUCCAUAUUCAAUCGGUCUGCUUCCCAACCUUCGGGCAUUUAGCAUUGGUGUGAAUAAAUUGUCAGAAUAUGGAGUUGGAGGGAAGAUAUCUACACAAGGAGAUGUUUACAGCUAUGGGAUCCUUCUAUUGGAAAUGAUGACAGGAAGGAGACCAACAGAUGAAAUAUUUACGGACAGACAAAGCCUUCAUGAAUUCUGUAAAUCAGCAUUGCCUGAGUGAGUGAUGGGGACUGCAGAUUCGCAAAUGCUAUUUGAAGAACCUAAGGAAGCAAGAAACGAUGUUGAUCAAAAUGAGAAAAUCAGACAAGCCAAAGUGAGGGAAUGCUUGAUGUCCCUUAUGAGGAUUGGGGUUGCAUGCUCUGCAAAAUCACCUAGCGAAAGAAUGAAUGUCAAGGAUGCCUUGGUAGGAUUAAUGACAAUAAAGGAAGUAUUUCUUGGAGUAGGUAUCCAUGGCAAGCGACAUUCCUGUGAAGAAACAUCUCGAGCUCGCUACUAAGGAAAUACAUAAUAAGUGCCAAAAUAUAUAUAUUUUGGCCCUCCAAUCUAUACUUACUAGUCUUUUAUAUUUGUUAAUUGGUAUUUAUUUUGCAUUUUUAUGUUUACAGGUUGCUCGAGCUCGAUUUUCAUGAUUUUUGGGUAAAGAUGGAAGUUAACAAAAGUUUUGGAUUGAAGUGCAAAAUGCAUUAGAAUUUUGAUGGUCAAUUUAAUAUUAGACAAAAUUCAAGGGACCACUAUGUGAUUAAUCCAUUCAAUCCUAUAAAACCAGGGGGCUGCUAUUCGCAGCCCCGUAUUUUCUCCCGUAGCCCGUUAAAAAAUUUCAACUAAUUACAACAUGACCCCCUAAUGUAGAAUGACCUACUUACCCUUAUACCUAUACAUGAAUUGACUUAUAUGCCCUUAUGAUCAAAACCCCUAAAUUAUCCACUACCCCCUUCCCCCUCAAAAUCAUCAUUCACGUUUUAAAAGAAAAAAACAGACACAGACCUCCUGUUCUUCAUCUUCGGCUUUCUACUGUUCAUCUUCUCUUUUCCUUUAUCUCUAAAUCAUCAUUCUCUUUUCUCCUCUCUUUCAAAUUUUUCAUUGGAGGAGGAGCAAGGACCAAAUAUUUUAUCAAUGGAAGGUUCAGUCCUUCCAUUGAUCCAUUUUUUGACCCACUUGUAGGAUUGGAUUUUGAAAUUGAAUCAAAUUCUAUUAGCAACCAUAUGAUGGCAGAUGAGAAGAAAGAUACUGUGAUGGACAUUAUAUCUUGGAAGCCACGUGAGGAGGUAAGUUUUCCGUUUACAAUAGCCUCUGCUUUGUUAUUGUGGCGUCUCGAUUUACAAAAUCCAGUUUUACGAGGGUUUUCGAUGUUUCUGGUUUGAAUAGAAUAACCACUGUAAUUUCAGUAGUUAACCACUAUAAAAUAUUACCAUACUCGACAGUUAGUUAUCGAAAUUGAGAUACAUUUUCAGCAUCCAAUUACCGAAAUAUAUGUUUCUUAUUUUUAUUAUAUGCAUUUCCGACAUGUAGUUACCAAAAUAUAAUCUUGUUUUCAACAACUAUUUACCGAAAUGUAUGUAUGAUUUUCCUAUAUAGUAUAAAGUUCGGCAGUUGGUUACCGAAGGUUGAACAUAUUUUCAACAUGAAUUUACCGAAAUAUAAUCUUGUUUUCAACAGCAAUUUACCGAAAUGUAUGCAUGAUUUUCCCUAUAUAGAUAGUUUGACAGUUGUUUACCGAAGUUUGAACAUAUUUUAGAUGUGUAGUUAACGAAAUAUAAUUAUUUUUUAACAGCUAUUUACCGAAAUGUAUACAUGAUUUUCGUAUAUAGUGGUUCGGCAGUUGUUUACCGAAGUUUGAACAUAUUUUCGAUGUGUAGUUACCGAAAUAUAAUCUUGUUUUUAAUAGCUACUUACCGAAAUGUUAUGUACGAUUUUCAUAUACAUAGUUCAGCAAUUGGUUACCGGAUUUGUACAUAUUUUCGACAUGUGGUUAUCGAAAGUGAUACUUAUGUUCAACAGUUAUAUACCGAAUUCUAUGUAUUUUCGACAUUCACUGACUGAAUCCCGAGAGGUAGAAAACUUGUUUUAAUGGACUUUUGAUUUUUUGAUACUUUCUUCAGGGUGAUACUUCAACGCAUGGCAGUCACAUAGGUCUAGUGACCAUAGCACUGGAGUUCACGACAGAGAAUGUGAGUGCGCAUGGCAGCCACAUAGGUCUAGUGGCCCAAAUGGGAGCAGGCCAAGGAAUGGGAGACAUUUUUUUCUGCCCAAAUAAAAGCGUUUAAAGCCAUAAUAUGAAGUGAUGUAGCAACCGCCGAGUUCUUUGAAGUAGAUUAGUUUUGUUUUAUAUGUAUGGUUAUCAUGUUGAUGCUUUACAUUGCAAUGUUGUUGACUAAGCACAUCCAUGGAGUUUGGUUUAGCUCUUUGUGCCAUUUAUUUUAUUAUGAGGUUGAUGUGAAGAAAUUGACUUAGCACAGGUUGAUUUCGUCAUCUGCAUUCCGAAGUUAAUGUAAUGUUCCUGUAGUUCCUGUAGCUACAGAUCGAUAUUUUUGUAAUUUUCCAGCAUUUACAACCCGAAAUUGUUAUAAUAUUUCAGCACUUGGAUACUGAA